AAUCAGUUUUCGUCGAAGACGCGUAGCAAAAGGACGCGCGUCUCAAUACGCACAAUUAUCCAGUAGCUUUCUCGAUAAUUUUUUGUUCUAUCGCUAGCCAAACACUUUCCAGUCCAACCAGAGUUCUCUAAGCGAAACUGCCAAGAUGACCAGUUCGAUACCGAUGCUUGCACUGUUAGUCCUGGUUGGCCUUGUAGCCGGCAUCCAAGGCCAAUGUUUAACAGCCAACGACAAUCCAACGACCAUGCGCCAGGAUGCCGCUCAAAAAUUGAGCGACGCACGCUUUGACUUUGCUCUGCAAGCGUUAAAGAAGAUCGCCGAAAUCGAGACCCAAGACAACAUUUUCUUCAGUCCUCACAGUCUCCACGAGGCCUUGGCUCUGGCUUACUUUGGCGCUGCCGGUAGCACCGAGGCGGCACUCAAGAAAGCUCUACACGUGCCCGCUGAUUUCUCCAAAAUCGAUGUGCAAAGGUUCUACGCUUUCGAGAAGUCCGUCGAGGCCGAGAGGAAGAUGAACUCGUCGAGCAACUACGACUUCCAAGUGGCCAACCGUCUGUGGCUGAGUAGCUCGAAGAAACUACGCGAGUGCAUGCUCGACUUGUUCGGCAACGAGCUGGAGCGCGUGAACUUCAGCGCCGAUCCAGACGCGGCUCGUCGUCAAAUCAACAACUGGGUGAGCAACGUCACUCGCAACAACAUCAACGAUCUUCUGCCAGAGGGUGCCAUCGAUGCCAGCACCGACGCCCUCCUCGCCAAUGCCGUCUACUUCAAGGGGCUCUGGCAAAGUAAAUUCUUGCCCGAGAAUACCAAAAGAGACGUGUUCUACUUGGGACCUGAUAACAUGACCAUCGCUCAAUUCAUGAGACAGAAGGGAUCUUUCAAUCACAUGGUGUCCGAGGAGCUUGGCGUGCACAUUCUUCAGCUACCUUACAAAGGCGACGACGUCUCGAUGUACAUUCUGCUGCCACCGUUCGUGUCCACCCUCAGCGCUGCUCGUGCUGCUGGCCAACCCAAGAACGACGGGGUCCGCCAGCUGCUCCACCGUUUGUCCGACAAUACCGACAGUGCGAAGGAGUUCCGCGAUUUCCUCGACACUGGCCUACCGGCGCGCGACGUCGAGUUGUCCAUUCCCAAAUUUAGCCUUGAGCGCGAACUUCCCGUGAAAGAUCUGCUGAGAGAAAUGGGUGCCGAAGUAGUGUUCGACACCAACGCUGACUUCAGUGGCUUCGUUGCCGACGGCGAAUCGACCGUUCACCUCGGUGACGCUCUCCACCGAGCUAAGAUCGAAGUCACCGAGGAAGGUACCACUGCUGCCGCAGCUACCGCCUUGUUUAGCUUUAGGUCGAGUCGACCGACCGAACCUGCUGUCUUCACCGCUAAUCAUCCGUUCGCUUACUUCAUCUACGAAAGACCCUCGCGCACUGUUCUCUUUGCCGGCGUUUUCCGCCGGCCCAACAAACGUUAAGUUGCAAGCUAACAUCGAGUCUGAGAUUAGUUGUAUUCUCCGAGUCUGAUGAAUCUCCGUUUUUUUAUGUGACGACUUCAAAUUCGCAUACUCAUUUUGUUAAACGUCACGACAACACAAUUUUAUCAUCUAAGAUUUAUAAAUAUCAUUGUGACUGCAUUUGGUGCAGUUUUAAUUACUUGAGUGGCUUAUUGUUAUAGUAAUAAGAAACUAUUUCGUAGUUUCAUUUUGAAACGAAUAUCUUAAAUGAUGGCAAAUGUUUUAAGUUUAAGCAAAAUAGAACCAAAGUACAUUUUUAUUUAUGAACCUCGAUUUUAGUGAUCUGUAUUUCAGAGACCUUACCUUGAUGAAAUUGUUGAACGCAUUUUUUAACAUGAAAAUUAUUGUGUAAAUAUUAAAGAUCGAUAAGGAUCUACUGAUUUUUUUUGUGCAUCAAUCACAUAGUUCAUAGUAUAGGUAAUUUUAUCGCGAUAUGUACAACAAAAAUUAGAGUUAAGAAUUGCGCAUUGCGAGAGAAUUCUCAUGUCAAAUGUCUUGUUUUGACAAAUAUUUGAUAUUGAUUUUAUAAAGCGGUUUCGAUUAUUCUAAUAAAUAAAUAUUUUA